AGUGAGCAUCGUUCUCACUCGGAUCACUUAUUGUCUGCCUCUCUUCUCUUUGCGUGAUAGGAUGGACACCAACUAGGCUAUACACAGAGAUAUACCCCGUUUUUGUAUUUUGGACCUCUCCUACACCCGAUUCGUUCGUUUUUUUCCUGCACUUUAUACAGUUUUGGUGCGGCUUGAUGGUUCACCUCUGACUGUGGCUCGCAAAUAACCGAACACCUGCAACGGAUCAGACCAACGUUCCUCAGGCGGUAUCGCUCUACAUUCCUGAGGACUUGACAGAGACACCAGAGCAGCUCACCUCAUAAAAGGUCCAGGAUGCUGGGUGCAGCGGUCCCUGCCUGUGGACUGCAGGCUCUGCUGACCGCCCUCCUUCUCUCUCUGGGUUGUGGCCUUGUGUGGUCAGACCCAGUGGUGAACAUGAGGAAGGUGACACACCAGAUGGUGAGGGAGCAGCUGGCCAACAGCGUCCUGCUGCCCUGUGUCUUCACCCUGCGCCCCACCCCUACCCACGAGCCCCCCCGCAUCAAGUGGACCAAGGUGUGGGGCCAGAGGGGUGCCGAUGGUCGGCAGAGGGAACAGUCUGUCCUGGUCGCCAAGGACAACGUGGUCAAGGUGAAGAAGGCGUUCCAGGGGCGUGUCACCCUGCCCGGUUACCAGGACAACCGUUUCAACGCCAGCAUGGCACUCAGCGCCCUGCGCUCCAGUGACUCGGGCAUGUUCCGCUGUGAGGUGGUGGUGGGCAUCAACGAUGAACAGGACACCGUUCCCCUGGAGGUCACAGGUGUGGUGUUCCACUACCGUGCUCCUCAUGACCGCUACGCCCUGUCCUUCCCUGACGCCCAGCAGGUGUGUCUGGAGAACUCAGCUGUCAUCGCCACGCCUGCUCAGCUCCAGGCCACCUUUGCUGACGGGUAUGACAACUGUGAUGCCGGCUGGCUGUCUGACCAGAGUGUGAGGUACCCUAUCCAGUCACCCAGGCCGGGUUGCUAUGGUGACAGGGAGGACUCACCUGGAGUGCGCAACUAUGGCAAUCGGGCCCCUGACGAGCUGUUUGAUGUCUACUGCUUUGCCAAGCAACUGCAAGGUGAGGUGUUCCACUCGUCUGUACCAGAGAAGCUGAGCCUGGCCACAGCCUCUACCCAUUGCCACUCUCUGGGAGCCCAGCUGGCCACGGCAGGGCAGCUCUACCAAGCCUGGCAGACUGGCCUGGACCAGUGUGACCCAGGCUGGCUGGCCGACGGCAGUGUGCGCUACCCCAUAAACCUUCCCCGACGCAACUGUGGCGGGGAUGAUCCGGGUGUGCGCACUGUCUAUCACAACCCCAACCGCACUGGUUUCCCAGACACCACCACCCGCUUUGACGCCUACUGCUACCGAGAACGUGAAGCAGGAGUCCAGGCAGCCCAGCCAGUGGGGUUCCUCCAAUACAGAGACCCAGAGGCCAAUUCCUCAGACACUGAGCCCCAGCACUCUGCCCCCUACCCCCAUCCCUCCACCUGGACUGGCAUGGCAGACCUGGACAAGGAGGGCAUCAGCUCCAUCACUGGAGGCAACGAGUCCUCCGAGAUCUCUGAGGAGCACGUGGUAAUCCACCUCCGGCCAGGGGAGAGUACCCAGGGCUGGGGAGAGGAGAACCAGGAGACCAAGGGGCGAUCUAAGACUGGAGCCCCUCAGAACCCAUCCUCCAGCCCCAAUACCAGCACCCUGGGUCUGUCUGUCCUGGAGAGUCUAGAGACCCACGGAGGUUCUGCCCAGGAAGAGGUGGAGGGCGAGGGGGAUGAGGAGUGGCGUUUUGGGUCGUCCGACUCCCCUCUGUCCUCCCAGGCCUCUCCAGUGCUCCAGACCCAGACAGCCAAUAACAUUCUCCACAGCUUCGUCAACAACCUGAUGAAGCCCUUCAGGUAUUGGACAGGCUCUGUGGAGGCCGGCACAGAGGCAUCUCUCCCAGCCACACCUGCCUCACUUCCCGAGGUGAGAGGAGUACAGGAUCAGACAACCCCGGGGUUGGCUAUAGUCACACCCACCGAAGGAAAGCAAAAGCUGGGCAGUAAAGGAAGCACGGACAACGCUAUCAUAGAGCAUCGGAUUCGAGGCUCCUUGCUCAAGACAUCCAUCAAUGGACUCACCAGCACAGAGGAGGGUCUGCCUGAUCAGGAUAGAGAGGUGGUCACGUUAGUCCCAUUGGGCCCUGUGAUCCAGUACACACUCACCCAGCCUGGGAGGAAGGGUCCUAGCAUGUCCCUAACCAACCCUCAAGGAUCAUCAUCUAAUGGAUUCACAGCAGUGGGACCCGGUGUGAAUAGCAAGGCCGUGGAGGCUGUGAAUGGAUCAGGAGGCCCCCUCCAGGGCAUUUCGGGUGGGUUGGCUUCAUCCCUAGGGACCCCGGAACCAUACCCAGGCAGCCAGCUGAGAUGGGCCCUGAAGGCCAUGAAGGGCUCCAAGCUGGAGGCCCCAGGACAGGGACACAUGGCCUACAUGGGGAAGGAUUCCACCUGGGAGCCCAUGGAGGCCAAAGCGGGGCCCCUAGAGGUCAUGACCCUGUCUACCAACCCAGAGAGCUACUCUGGUGAAGGGAGAGAUCAGAAUGAGGACCGCAGCAUCCCCCGAUCCAUCCUGGAUAGAGAGGACAAAGAGACAGAGGCAGAGGGAAGCGGGAGAGGAGGGAACGACUUUCCAGGUGGCUUUGGAUCAAACAGUGACAUGAACCCAGGCAGCGGUGCCAGCAGCAGCACAAAGCCUCUUCUGUCUGGAUUGAAACCCACCGAGACCCAGAGCCAGAACCAGACUCUGACAGAACACACCACUAUGUUUCAGUGGCAGCUAUUGGACGAGCCCGCCACCUCAUCUACUGCUGCCUCUGCUGCUGGCUCCAGCCAGGGCCCGGGGGGUACCGCUGAGGAGGCUAGGGGAGAGAUUGUCUAUGUCCAACGCCCUACUGAGAAGCUCCUUCCAACCACCUCCAGUAAGAAAGAUGGCUUCCCCCCUGUGAUCAGAAAGCAGAGCCUGAGUACAGCCAGGGUGACUGAGAGACAACGAAGCCCAAAUGAGGCCACCACACAUGGGUUCACCUCCAGACCUGCAGCUUCUAUGGAGACCCUGACAACCAUCAAAACUUCCAAAGCAAACAACCAGAGAAACGACUCCAGUGAUUCUACCUCUACCAAGGAGCCACCCAUCUCCAUUGCACGGGUUCCGGUAGAUAGAGAGAAGACAGCUAGUACCACAUCUCUGACCAGAGAUGGACCCCAAACAACUGCAGCUUCGACUCAGCUGACCAUGGCGUUGUCCUUUCUGAAGGGCAGCGACCAUGAGGAAGAGUCCAGGUUAGCUGUUACAGAAUCAUUCGUGGUGGGAAAAGGAUGGAAGCCAUUGGGAGGGAUGAAGCCCACGUCUAAGGAGGACAAAACCCCUGUGACCACAGAGAAGACGGAGAAGAGAGAGAAGACCACCUUUGGUGUCGUUAUGCCCAGCUGGGGCAUUGGCCUCAACCCUUCAGCUGAGGACAACCCAUGUCAGACCAGCCCCUGUCUGCAUGGAGGCAGCUGUCUGCAGGAGGGCGACGGUUACAGCUGCUACUGCCCCCAGGGCUACUCCGGAGAGAGCUGUGAGAUCGACAUCGACGACUGCCAGUCAAACCCGUGUCAGAAUGGAGGCACCUGUAUCGACGAGAUCAAUUCCUUUGUGUGCCUGUGUCUGCCCAGCUACGGUGGAGCCACUUGUGAGAAAGACACGGAGGGCUGUGAACACACAUGGAGGAAGUUCCAUGGCCACUGCUACAGGUACUUCAGCCGCAGACAUACCUGGGAGGACGCAGAGAAGGACUGCAGGGAGCACAGCGGACACCUGGCCAGCAUACACACACUCCAGGAGCAGGACUUCAUCAACGAUCUGAGCCAUGACAACACCUGGAUCGGCCUGAACGACAGAACAGUAGAGGAGGAUUUCCAGUGGACUGACAACAUGGACCUGCAAUAUGAGAACUGGCGUGAGAACCAGCCGGAUAACUUCUUUGCGGGGGGAGAGGACUGUGUGGUGAUGAUCGCCCACGAGAACGGCAAGUGGAACGAUGUGCCCUGCAAUUACAACCUGCCCUACGUCUGCAAGAAGGGAACAGUGCUGUGUGGGAACCCCCCCAACGUGGAGAACACCUUUCUGAUUGGCCGUAAGCGGUCCCACUAUGACAUUCAUUCAUUGGUGCGUUACCAGUGUGCCGAUGGGUUCCUCCAACGUCACGUCCCCACGGCCAAGUGUCGUGCCAACGGCAAGUGGGACCGGCCCAAGAUCAUCUGCACAAAGUCCCGGCGAGCCCACCGCUACAGACGGCACCAUGAUCACAGCGGGAGAUGGGAGCGUAAAAAGCACAAUAAACACAGCCAUGGACACGGUGAGGGAGGCCACCACGGAGGAGACCAGGGCCACAGGCACGGCCAUGGACACGGAGGCCACCACGGAGGAGACCAGGGCCACAGGCACGGCCAUGCUCAUGCCCACAUCUGAACCGAAAGCCUCCACAGCCCAAACCUCACCUCACUGCCCAGUCUCCCUCUCUACUGCUCUCUACCCCCUGUCCACCCCCUCUCCUGCCCUUUUCCUGACCCCACAGCCUGGCUCCCCGAGCCAGCAUGUAUCAUACUCAACUUUGAGGCCUGACAGCCGACUGCCUGGCCUCACUGAGACAAUAACAAUCCCUUUGUACUCUUUUCUUUACCUUCAACACUUCCCUUUUCUUUCAUUUAUCCCUCCCCCUUCACGACCUACUGUCAUCGAGUCAGUGAGGACCCAGGAUACGGGGCUUUACUCACCUAAUUAAACUUUUGUUUACAUAAACAAUUGUGGAGGAGGAGGUUUAGUACAAGCUGUAAAUAGUGACAACAUCAUUGGAAUCAGAAGUGGAGGAAUAGAUAGAUACAUGCAUCCAUGUUUUUCCACGAGUCUUCAUUGUAACACCUUUAUUUUUAAGAGACUUGUUGUCUGAGUGUAUUUCCUGACUUUGCUGUUUUUGGUUAGCUCUUUGUAAGACAUUUGAUUUAAGAACCUACAACAGUUAUUCUGAACAGAUUGACAUGCUUUGCUUUGACACUGGUGCUUGUACUGAUUGAGUAGCGUUGUGUUUCAGCAUCGUAAGACAGACACUUUGGACUGGGUGUACUAGGUGCACAGAGGAAAACAGAGACAACUCGCAGUUAGCUUGUAUCUGAGUCAACCUCACACCACUGAGGUCAAAUCAAAUCGAAUCAAGCAUCCACAGCAGUCUUUUUUUAAAGCUGAACUGGAAAUGUUACUUUAAUGGUUUCUUCUAACAAUAUCAUCCUACGGUAUGUGUUGCCUUUCUAAGUCAUUCUGUGUUCCUGCUUAAGUACUAGAGGAGAUUGCUAGUUGGUAGUUGAGAAACCCAACCCAGAAAAGCUGUUACCUUUGGAACUGGACAGAUUGUGGUUAGAGUCUGGUUUUCCAGCUAGCUAAUAGGCAAUGAUCCUUCAUUAGAAUCCUGUCAUGCCUAUCACCACACUCUCCUAUUCCAUCUGUGUCUCUAAAUUGAAGGUCUGUUCAUCGUCUACCUUAGAGCUCUACUUCUCUGGCCAGCUGAGGAGAAAUUGUUCUGUCAGACUGUCAGAGAGAGAGAGAGAAGGACAUGUGGAGAAAUAGAGAGAGAGAGAAAAAUAGAGAGGAGCAAGGAAUCUGGACUCUUAAUUACAGUUGUCCCCGUUCUCCAGCACAUCAAACAGAGGGAUGACAGGGCUCUCUGUGCAGCCGUCGGGUACAGAGCUGGGGCCAUAAUUAGCUUCAGAAGUACUGCUAAUAGGACAUGGGGCCAUAAAGUCGGGAUGACAACCAGAAGAGACCUGCGCUGGGGGGAGGGCAAAGAACCAGAGCUGUUGGAAUAGGCAGAGGUGGCUGGGUUCAGAGCCCAAUCUCAGUGAGGGUUGUGUGGGGUUAACAGUGAAGCGACAGGACUCACAAAAGAUGCUAGAAAAAUUAUAGAUGGUUAGAAGAGAUAAAGCACUUUUGUUUUUCUGGACAUGGAGGCAAUUGGCUAUCGUUCAAAUUGUUUCACAAUAGUACUCACUCCAGGUGUGUCCUGGUUUUAAACAGGUGUACUGCAGCCUGGGAUAAGACCCGGCCCACCUCCUCUCUGCAGCCGCUAAAAAAUGAGACAAGUUUUGUUUUUCACUGCAGGGUCCGACUGAUUCUCUAAAGCUCCUUUAUCACCUUAUGCAAUUCCUCUGAGCUUACAUCCCCCUCUUUCUCUUUCUUUCUCUCCUCUCUCUUUUUGCUCUCUCUCUCUCUCCCUCCCUCCCUCCCUCCCUCCCUCCUCCAGUUCUUCCCUUGUCUUUCAUCCUCAGCCCUUUAUCCACCUUGUCAAUGACACAGAUGGGGAAGAGAAAGAAAAGAGAGAGAGGCUCCAUAUCAGUACAAUUCAUCUCCCUUAAAGCAUGCUUAAUUAAUGAAGAGGUUAUCAUCCUGACCUUUGUCCCUGGCUGUGAUGGCAGUGGCUAUGCUCUGACGGAUAGGGAGCCACAGGCCUUUCACAGCACUCACGCUCUGACGUCUUUAACAUGUCAGUCUAAUAACUGCUUUUUUUCUACCUGCUUUUUUCUAUCCGUCUACUAUUCCAGACAUUCCCGACAAUGGAUUGACUAUGGGUGGGUGCUCCUUGGGCAUUUAACCUCUUGCUCCUACCUGGCACGCAGGCGUCCCAUCUAGAGCUCUGGAAAUGCAAAUGCGCUACGCUAAAUGCUAAUAGUAUUAGUUAAAACUCAAACGUUCAUUAAAAUACACAUGCAGGGUAUUGAAUUAAAGCUACACUCGUUGUGAAUCCAGGCAACAAGUCAGAUUUUUAAAAUGCUUUUCGGCGAAAGCAUGAGAAGCUAUUAUCUGAUAGCAUGUAACACCCCAAAAGACCCGCAGGGGAUGUAAACAAAAUAAUUAGCAUAGUCGUCGCUACACAAACCGCACAAAUAAAAUAUAAAACAUUCAUUACCUUUGACCAUCUUCUUUGUUGGCACUCCUAGAUGUCCCAUAAUCACUAUUGGGUCUUUUUUUCGAUUAAAUCGGUCCAUAUAUAGCCUAGAUAUCGAUCUAUGAAGACUGUGUGAUAAACGGAAAAAAAUAGCGUUUCAUAACGUAACGUCAUUUUUUUAAAUUCAAAAAGUCGACGAUAAACUUUCACAAAACACUUCGAAAUACUUUUGUAAUGCAACUUUAGGUAUUAGUACACGUUAAUACGCGAUAAAAUUCAUCAGGAGGCGAUGUCAAUUCUAUAGGUGUCUGUCUCGAAAAAAUGUCUUAGAGAGAGCUCGACCAAAACAUCCGGUCGGAGACCGGAGGGAAUCGAUUCCCUUGAUUCAAAGCUGAAUCAAAUGACAAGACUCUAGACAACGUGUGGAAGCUGUAGGCACUGCAACCUCGGCCUCAUUUAAUUCGGUUCACUUUGAACAAUUCCUGGAAGUGGCGCAUGGAUAUUUAUUUCCAUUUUCAGUGAUCAGAUUUUCAUGCACUUUUCGAUGAAACACACGUUCUGUUAUAGUCACAGCCGUGAUUUAACCAGUUUUAUAAACGUCUGAGUGUUUUCUAUCCACACAUACUAAUCAUAUGCAUAUAUGGCCUGAGUAGCAGGGCGCUGAAAUGUUGCGCGAUUUUUAACAGAAUGUUCGAAAAAGUAGAGGGUCGACUUAACAGGUUAAAUCAGCUGAGAUUCUCAUAGAGAAAGCAUGAUGACUAUGAUUAAUAUGGACAUAAGCAGGUCAAUGCGUGUCUGUCUCUCACAGUAAUACGAGGGACAGAGUGGUGUGUGUGACAGGAAGAACAAAUAUGAACAGAGGUGAUUGGAUCUCUCUCUCGUGUGACAGAACUAUAAAACUAUAACAAACAGAGACUUCUGAGAGAGCGACUGGGCUUGAAUGAGGUGUGAGGUUCCAAUCAGAUGUUGGAUACGAUUAGGGAGUAGAGAUGGAGUCCUGGUUGUUUUAUAGGACAGUGGAGGCUGACCAACAUGUCUUGCUUGGCUGGUAGUCAUCCUCUCGUCUAGGAAGAUGUUAUUAUCUCCCCACCAGACCUGCUGGUUAUUGCAGGUCUCCUGGAGCAAUGGGUCAACUCAGAUCAAUGUGCUCCGUGGAUGGUGUGGGCCUGCUCUGAUGCACCAGAUAUACCCUCAAUCUCUGACACUCACAGACACAUACUCUCUCUCUCUAUCAUAGACACAUUCUCUCUCUCUAUCAUAGACACAUACUCUCUCUCUAUCAUAGACACAUACUCUCUCUAUCAUAGAGACACAUUCUCUCUCUCUAUCAUAGAGACACAUUCUCUCUCUCUAUCAUAGAGACACAUUCUCUCUCUCUAUCAUGGAGACACAUUCUCUCUCUCUAUCAUAGAGACACAUUCUCUCUCUCUCUAUCAUAGAGACACAUUCUCUCUAUCAUAGAGACACAUACUCUCUCUCUCUAUCAUAGAGACACAUUAUCUCUCUCUCUAUCAUAGAGACACAUUCUCUCUCUAUCAUAGAGACACAUACUCUCUCUCUCUAUCAUAGAGACACAUUCGCUCUCUCUAUCAUAGAGACACAUACUCUCUCUCUCUAUCAUAGAGACACAUUCUCUCUCUCUAUCAUAGAGACACAUACUCUCUCUCUCUAUCAUAGACACAUUCUCUCUCUCUAUCAUAGAGACACAUUCUCUCUAUCAUAGAGACACAUACUCUCUCUCUCUAUCAUAGAGACACAUUCUCUCUCUAUCAUAGAGACACAUACUCUCUCUCUUUAUCAUAGAGACACAUUCUCUCUCUCUCUAUCAUAGAGACACAUUCUCUCUAUCAUAGAGACACAUACUCUCUCUCUCUAUCAUAGAGACACAUUCUCUCUCUCUCUAUCAUAGAGACACAUUCUCUCUCUAUCAUAGAGACACAUACUCUCUCUCUUUAUCAUAGAGACACAUUCUCUCUCUCUCUAUCAUAGAGACACAUUCUCUCUCUAUCAUAGAGACA